AUCCGGCUCCUCCUCCCACCACCUGCCGCGUGGGGACGGGUCCGCAGCCCCUUGUCCGCCCUACAACCCCCAUGGGCUGCCGCCAGCCGCCGCCACCCAGGACACGGCAGGGAUAAGCACAGAACCCACCGGCUACCAUGUCAGGAGACUACGAGGAUGACCUCUGCCGGCGGGCACUCAUUCUGGUCUCGGACCUCUGUGCGCGGGUCCGAGAUGCCGAUACCAGUGACAGGUGCCAGGAGUUCAACGACCUUCGAAUUCGAGGCUAUCCCCGGGGCCCAGAUGCAGACAUCUCCGUGAGCCUGCUGUCGGUCAUCGUGACAUUCUGUGGCAUUGUCCUUCUGGGCGUCUCCCUCUUCGUGUCCUGGAAAUUGUGCUGGGUGCCCUGGCGGGACAAGGGAGGCUCAGCAGUGGGCGGGGGCCCCCUUCGCAAAGACCUAGGCCCUGGGGUCGGGCUGGCAGGCCUGGUAGGCGGUGGUGGGCACCACCUGGGGGCUGGCCUGGGUGGCCAUCCUCUGCUGGGGGGUCCACACCACCAUGCCCACACCGCCCACCAUCCGCCCUUUGCUGAGCUGCUGGAGCCAGGCAGCCUGGGGGGCUCUGAUCCCCCUGAGCCUUCCUACUUGGACAUGGACUCGUACCCAGAGGCUGCAGCAGCUGCAGUGGCCGCUGGGGUCAAACCGAGCCAGACAUCUCCUGAACUGCCCUCUGAGGGAGGUGCAGGCUCUGGGCUGCUCCUGCUGCCCCCCAGUGGUGGGGGCUUGCCCAGUGCCCAGUCGCAUCAGCAGGUCACAAGCCUGGCACCCACCAUCAGGUACCCGGCCCUACCCCGGCCCCUCACCCAGCAGACCCUGACCCCCCAGCCAGACCCUGGCAGUGAGGAGCGGCCACCUGCCCUACCCUUACCCUUGCCGGGCGGGGAGGAAAAAGCCAAACUCAUCGGGCAGAUCAAGCCGGAGCUGUACCAGGGGACUGGACCAGGCGGCCGGCGCGGCGGCGGGGCCCCGGGCUCAGGAGAGGCCGGCGCGGGGGCGCCCUGCGGCCGCAUCAGUUUCGCCCUGCGGUACCUCUAUGGCUCAGACCAGCUGGUGGUGCGAAUCCUGCAGGCCUUGGACCUGCCCGCCAAGGACUCCAACGGCUUCUCAGACCCCUACGUCAAGAUCUACCUGCUGCCAGACCGCAAGAAAAAGUUCCAGACCAAGGUGCACAGGAAGACGCUGAACCCUGUGUUCAAUGAGACAUUCCAGUUCUCGGUGCCCCUGGCUGAGCUGGCCCAGCGCAAACUGCACUUCAGCGUCUAUGACUUCGACCGCUUCUCACGGCACGACCUCAUUGGCCAAGUGGUGCUGGACAACCUCCUGGAGCUGGCUGAGCAGCCCCCCGACCGCCCACUCUGGAGGGACAUCGUGGAGGGCGGCUCGGAAAAGGCAGAUCUUGGGGAGCUCAACUUCUCACUCUGCUACCUCCCCACGGCCGGGCGCCUCACCGUGACCAUCAUCAAAGCCUCUAACCUCAAAGCGAUGGACCUCACCGGCUUCUCAGACCCCUAUGUGAAGGCCUCUCUGAUCAGUGAGGGGCGGCGUCUGAAGAAGCGGAAAACCUCCAUCAAGAAGAACACGCUGAACCCCACGUACAACGAGGCGCUCGUGUUCGACGUGGCCCCGGAGAGCGUGGAGAGCGUGGGGCUCAGCAUCGCGGUGGUGUGCCGCGUGGGCCCGGACGCCGCCGACCCCCACGGCCGCGAGCACUGGGCGGAGAUGCUGGCCAACCCGCGCAAGCCCGUGGAGCACUGGCAUCAGCUGGUGGAGGAAAAGACUUUGUCCAGCUUCACGAAAGGCAGCAAAGGAUUGUCAGAGAAAGAGAACUCAGAGUGAGGGGUCUGGCCUAGGCCCAGGAUCGGACCAGGCCCCCUCAGGACCCCAUCCCUUCCUGCCCAGACUGUGAAUUCAUCUCCUUGAAGCCAUAAUGUCCGAGCUGCGUGGUGCGAGGCAGCCUUGGGCCUGCCCGUCCUACCCCGCUAGGCGUGAGGGUGGGAGGCAGGCAGGCCCGGCUCCUUGUUUCAGGGUGGGGGGUAUUCAGUCUCCACUGUGUCUGUCUUUCCUUCCCCAGGGCUCCCCUUCCAGGCAAAGGGUCAUGCAUGUCUGGGGGACCCCAGCACCUAAAACCCCUUGUCUUUCUGUCUGUCUCUUUGCUGUUUGUCCAAGAUGAUGUCCUGACCCUUGUUCUCUCCGUGAUUGUCAACAGACUAAUCCUCCGUAUUCCCCCAGGCGCACACACACACACACACACACACACACACACACACACACACCUGUGUCUACCCUUUCUGUUCAACAUACCCUGCGUCUGGCCGAUUCCCCCACUGCUGCUGCUACCAACACCAGAAUAAACACACACCGUGGGUCUCACUCCACCCGGGGCUCCUGUUCUCUCUGGGACUGGGAAGCUGGGUUGGCACAUCCUGGCUCUGGGUUCAGACCAAUGUUUCAUUCACUGGCUGGGUGACGUCUGGCAACAAAAUUGAUCUCUUGGAGCCUUAGUUUGUAAAUGUUACAUUUGCCAGGACCGCUAUGAUCAUAGGACGCAAAAUGCACCGCAAACUCCUGUAAGUCACAAACAGAACUGAAAGACCUUUGUACGUGGUGAGUCUGAACAGACAGGAGGACUUCAGGCAUGGUUGGAUCGAGGUGUUCAAGUGACUCUGGCCUAGCUCCCUAGGACUUCAGUCUCAGGCAAGUCUUUGUAAUAGAAAUAAGAUGACAAUUUGGAGCUCCAAGCUUAUACUGCUGUAUCUGUUGUUAAGGUUUCAGCUGCGUAAAACAGAAUUCCAUCAGAAAGAGCUGAAAUGAUAGAGAUUUCUUUUGCUCACAUAAUAAAUCUUUUGAAGACACAGAGUCCCAGUGUUAGUUCAGCUGCUCAACAACGUCAGGCCCUGGGUUGGCAUCGCUGAGAUUCGUUUUGCCUUCCCCUCAUGAGUACAAACUGCAGCAACACCAGGCAUUCUGUUCUCACACGGUGGCAUCUAGAGCAGGAAGUGUAGACAGGGGCCGUUCCUUAUGUCUUUCUCCCCAGAAGUGUUCUCCUUAUUUCUCAUUUACCAGAACUGGGUUCAGUGGUCACCCUGAGCUGCAGAACAUUCUGGGAAAAUGACCAUCUGGGUGGGUUUUGCCAGCGUGGCAGCACAGAGAGGGGAAUGAUCGUUGGGUAGGAAAUUAACAGGACCUACUGUAACCGUCUUGAGGGCGGAUAAUUUCAGAGGAAACAAAAUUCGGGGUUCCCUCUCUCUCUGCCUCCGUAUCAUUCAGGGAAAAGAUUCUGAUUGGUCCUGUCAAGGCCAUGGAUGACCACUUCAGGCCAAUCAUGUAUCCGGUUGGCAAGCUUGCUCUUAGCACCUCCUCACAGGACGGAGUCUUCCACCCCUGCCCAUCUCGCUGGGAUUGGCUCAGACCCUCUCGUGACCUCAUCCCUUCCUGCCCAGCUGUGAAUUCAUCUCCUGGAGUCAUAAGGUUCUUUAGUAGAGAACAUAGGGAUCCCUCGAUCAACCCCAAUAGAAUCACAUGGCAGUGGGCAGGGUAUAGUCCAUUCCACCCUUGGCUACUUGGCAUUAAUUCACACCCACGUGCUCAUAUACACCAUCUCAAAAAGUACUACUCUCAAAAGUGAUACAACCACUAUAUUAAUUUGCUAGGGCUGUCAUCAUGAAUUACCACAAACUGGCCAGAAAUGAUUCUUUCGAAGUUCUGGAGACCAGAAGUCUGAAAUCAAGGUGUGAGCAGAGUUGGUUACUCCUGGGGCUCUGGGGUCUCGUCCCACGCCUCUCUCUGAGUUCCUGGAAGCUGCUCGCAAUCCUUGGCAUUCCUGAGUUUGAAGACACAUCCCUCCAGUCUCUGCCCCCAUCUCUGCCUUGUGCCCUGUGUGUCUCUGCGUUUCCAAUCUCCCUUUGCCUUUCUCUUUCUCUUUUUUCAGAGCACAUAUAGCUUUGGUUUUUUCUUGCAUUGAGCUCCAACUAGGGGUACAUAUACGCUCCAUUCUCAAGGAGUGAGGAGCACUUUUCAAACCCUAAUAAAUGUCAAGGUUAUAAAAAUUCAAUCUCAUUUGCAAAGUUCUUCCAAAGAUAAAUAGGACAGCCUAUUAGCUUCCACAAGAAUUGCAAGUUAAUUUUAACCUAAUAAAUAUCCUGAAAAUUCCCAUAAGGACACAGUCCAUCAUGCCAAAGAAACUUCCGCUUU